GUCGUUUGUUUACUACUUGCUCAAGUGCCGGAAAACCGAAACAAUCCGCUGUCGCCCGCUAGCCAUCAUGUGUUGAAUAUUAAAAUAGUUUUCCUUUUUUCCGUUUUUUCACGCGACAAAACACUUUUAGCUGAAUGUAACCGCACUAGCUUGUCGAUUCACUAGCACAUAUUGUCCGGCAAUGUGUUAUCCAUGUUUCCUGUAGCGGUCUCGUGUGUACCGAAACAUCAACAAUAAACAUCUCCUGCGCCGCUGGUAGAAGUGUGUGGGCAAUCUAAUUAAGGUUUGCCUUGCGUAGCCAGACAAGCGUACGCGUUAAUUAAAUUUAUGUGGUACAUCUCAUACCCGGGCUGUGUAAUUAUGUAAGCGCGGUCGGAUACAACCGUAUCCGCCGUAUUCUAGCGUGUGUAACGGCAACAACAAAUACAACUCCACACCCAUCGACUGUGCGUUCGCUAUGCUGCCAAGAAUCUGUGUGAAGUUGAAGCUCAAGUAUGUCCUGGCAUCGGUACUCGGUCUGUACACGCUACAGUUCUUCGGUGCCUUUACACACUUUUUCGAGAAGGAUUUUGAGGCGACGUUUGAUUAUCCGUUGAAUGGUGACAUUUUGUCCGAUGUGUACCAGCUGCGCCAUGGUCAGCAGCCUGCCAGACAACCCAUCAAUCGGUACAACUAUUCCUACAUCACGGACUGUGAGCACAAGUGUAAGGAAGAUGAUCGUCUGAUUGCGCCCCGGUUGGUCUUCGUAAUUAAAUCAGCCAUGGAACACUUUGAUCGACGGGCCACAAUUCGCAAGACUUGGGGUUACGAGCGGCGCUUCUCGGACGUCAAGAUACGCACCGUGUUCGUGUUGGGCCGGUCGCGCUUCGUCCCAAACAGGCGCUUGCAGUCGCUGGUAGAUCUCGAGUACAGCACGUACCGGGACAUCAUUCAGGCGGACUUUGUGGACGAUUACUUUAACAACACGAUCAAAACCAUGAUGGGUUUCCGGUGGGCGGUUAAUUACUGUCCACGGGCCAAGUUUUACAUGUUUGCGGAUGAUGAUUUCUACGUUUCGGCUAAGAAUCUGCUCCGAUACGUACGGAAUCCGGUCAACUAUCCGGAGUAUUUGGAAGAAACGGACGAGGCAUUACGGAAGCUAGCCCGCCGAUUAGCACACACGACGGACAAUAAUGGAGAGAAUCGAACAGGGUUGGAGGAGAGUGGGACAGGCAUGAACCUCACCCGUACCAAACGGCAGCUAAUGACAGAGAUGGAACUUCCGCCAAAUGUGAAGCUUUUUUCUGGGUUUGUGUUUCGAUCGGCACCGCACCGUCAUCGGAGCAGCAAGUGGUACGUUUCGCUCGAGGAAUAUCCUUGGGAUAUGUGGCCAACGUACGUUACUGCCGGUGCAUUCUUACUGUCCCACGAGGCACUAUUCGAGAUGUAUUACGUCAGCAUGUACACGAAACAUUUUCGUUUCGAUGAUAUCUUUUUAGGAAUUGUUGCAAUGAAGGCAGGAAUUGAACCGCUCCAUUCGGAGGAAUUUUACUUCCAUAAGGCACCCUACUUGGGCCCACAGAGCUAUAAGUACGUUCUGGCAACGCACGGGUACGAUGAACCAGCUGAACUGACCAAAGUGUGGAACGAAAUACGAGCUUCCGGUUAUGCGUAGAACCGAUCAGCGAAAUACAACAGAAAACGUUGGGCCUGCAUUUAUCAGAAUCCCAAAAGAAGACACACGCAAACAUGAAAGCGAACGCACCAACUCGCCAAUGGGGCACGCUUGUAUGCGACAAAUACGUACGCCGACGUAGGAGAAUCGUUACCAGUUAUCUUUCCUAGUGUAGGCUAGUGGUUUUUUCACUUUUAUCACCCUUCCCACCUUACGAACAAAAGAGGGACUCAACACGGAUCGAUAGUGAAGUAUUUCCCUUUGUUUUAGUCUCCCCUCUUUCCAAAACGUACAUUUAACCAAUAUUGCGAACAAACAGCAAACAAGAGGCUACUACAGCACGUGAAGAUGGACGGGUGUGUUUGAAGCCCCGUAAUCCACCUAAAAGAUUGGAAUGUAGACACCGGUGUAGAUCAUUAGAAGGUUCGUUUCAUUAGCGUGUUUCAUCAGGGUAUUUCUUCAAGAGUGGUUAGACAACGAAUACUAGUAACUUUAGAGCCGUCGUGUUUUUUUCCUCCACCGGAGGAUAAAGCUGGACUGUGGUAGCGGAUAGCGAUCGGUUGCGUUUUUACAGCAGCGGCAGGUGUUUUUUGCUCGUAUUUAUCUUUCUCUAUAUACCCAACAAUUGUGAUAGCAUCAAAUGAAGAAACAUAAUAAAACAAACAACUUACGUCUUGGAUUCAAAACAUAAA